CAGUCGAUUUUGCAACGGGUCCAGACCAGCAUGUCAUUCUUCAACGAAAAGUUGUCACAGAAAAGACACCGUUUGACAUACAAGUUUGGUCUUAUCUACUUCUUGAUGGCAUUUUUUGUGUUGGGAAUCUUUUCCAUUUACUGGGGGUCUAUGUACAACAGAUUUGACCGUCUCAGAAACUUGAGAAUGUUGGUGGUCAUUGAAGACGAAGAAGUAAAUGGUAUUCUGCCAUACAUUGGAGACGAAAUCAGGGCAAUUUUGAGGGACCCAAUUGCUAAAUAUCACGGUGACUGGAUUGUUUUCAACUCUUCUGAAUUCCAGGCUGUGGCAGAUAGACAUAACAAUUCUAUUGAAGCAGAAAUUCAAAGACAAAUCCACCACCAGCGGUACUGGGCUUCCCUCUAUGUCAAGCCUAAUGCUACCUACAACUUGUAUCAGGCUUUGCUCACAGGUGACACCACCUAUAAUGUCACCAACAACUCGGUUAUCAGCAUCUACGAGACCGGAAGGGACUUCUUGAACAUGAACAGUUACGUCAUUCCCAGUGUAGAAACCAUAGAGGAAAUGUGGUUGGAUACGCAGGCUCCGGUAAUGCUCCAGAUUGCAGAACAGUUACCUAAUAGAACAGAAGUUUUGGCCCACCCGGGCUCGCUUUCGAUCCUUGCUUCCCCUAUCAGUUUAGCAUUCUUUGAUCUCAGACCCUACACUGAUCCUGUCUUAGUGGCCCCAUCACAAGUCGGGUUGAUCUACAUGAUUAUCGUCACUUUUUUCCAGUUCAACUUCUUUGCCGAUAUCCACCAGGAAGUAGCCAAGUUUGGCUUGAAGAAAAACCACUACAUCUUGUACCGUUUCAUUGCAUCCGUUAUCUCAUUCUUUGUGCUUAGUUUGUUCUACUCGUUGGUAACGUUAGCUUUCCAGGUUGAUUUCACUAAGGCAUUUGGAAAGUCCGGAUUCCUUGUCUACUGGAUGAUUUCAUUCUUGACAAUGUGGGCUGUGGGUUCUGCAAACGAAAUCAUGGGUAUGUUGCUUAUAGCCUUCUACCCUCCAAUGUUAGGUUUCUGGAUGUUGUUCUGGGUCAUUGUCAACAUUACGCCAACAUUCACUCCUCUUGCAUUGAGUGCUAAGUUUUUCAGAUAUGGUUAUGGUUUACCCAUCCACGCCUCUUAUGAGCUUACUAAGGUUGUUUUCUUCGACACCUACAAGGGGGCCAUGGGAAGAAACUUCGGCAUUCUUAUUGCUUGGAUUGUGAUUUUAACAGCAAUUUUGCCAUUUGUAGUGGUAUUCUUCGGAAAAACUAUGGCCAAA